GCGCCGCCGCCAUCACUAACCUCUUGUGGCGCCCUCCUCCCAAACACUAACACGACCCGACACCCACCCCAUGCGCUGCCACACAAUAACAAGCUCUUGCGGCACCCACCUCCUUUCCCUCUCCUCCUUCCUUGCGUGUUCCAUACGAAUCUUCUUCUCCCGGGAUGUUGGAGGGAGACGCAUAUCUGGUGACGGCUGGGGCUUUGACUAGAGUCAAUCCGCCGCAUGCGGCAAUCAUGUCACAACCUUGCGCUGACGGGAGGAAGAUGGACUGGAGAUAUAGCGACAUCGUACACUCAACUUCACGAGCAAGAUUAAGCAAACACAAUAUGAAGUCGUACAUUCCGGCGGUGUGUUUUGGCAAAAGGCACAAAAUGAAAAUAAAGGUGUACUCGGGCAAAUUUCCCCUCAACCCAAACGAGAGCCUGCGAGCUUGCCCGUCGGAAUUUCCGAAACCAAUCCCGUCAUUGCGAACUGCCGCCGCGCGACGGCACGGAGGCGGCACGCGGCUGCCGGCCACCAUGUCCUCCUCUCUCGCGCUCCCGCUCCGACCCCGGCGCGCACUCCCCACCCCGUCCCUUCGCCUCGCCCCCAAGCACCCGUCUCUUCGCGCCCACCAGUGCCGCCUCCUCGUCCGCACGCCCAAGCGUGCGCUCCCCGCGACUCGCCGCCUCCUCCUCGCCCCUAGGGCUUCCCUGUCAGCCACAUCCCCCGGCGAGCCGGCGCGUGAGGGUAGCGCGGUGGCACGGAAGGCGGGCGGGUACCGGAACAGGUUCCUGGACCUGGCGCGACUCGGGGCGGUGGCAGAGGGCGUGGCGGAGACGUUCUUCCGCAGCGAGAUCCGGCGGCGGCUGGCCGUGACGGCCGUGCUCAUCGUGCUCAGCCGCGUUGGCUACUUCGUCCCGCUCCCCGGGUUCGACCGCCGCCUCAUCCCCGACUCUUAUCUCAGCUUCGCCCCGCUCCCUGCAGAUGACCUCGUUGAUUUUUCAUCUGAACUGAAGCUGUCAUUUUUCCAGUUGGGAAUCAGUCACCAGAUAUCAGCGUCUAUUGUAAUGCAGGUUCUUUGCCAUGUUCUUCCAUCACUUGAAAAGAUCCGCAAGGAAGGAUUAGACGGGCAUGAGAAGAUCAAAGGCUAUAUAUGGUGGCUGUCAUUGGGUUUUGCAAUUGUGGCUGCUUGUACUGUGUCAUGCUAUUCUCUACAGUAUUCGAUAUAUGCUGCAAGUUACAGGGUUAAGCAUGUCGUAUUAACAAGCUUUCUACUGGUACUGGGUGCAAUGUCAACAACAUGGAUCUGUGACACCAUAUCUGAAUCUGGAUUUGGGCAUGGCUCAUCUUUGAUUAUCUGUGUGGGAAUAUUGACUGGUUACACAGAUACACUGCACAAGAUGCUAACUCAAUUUUCAGGAAACAUGUACAAGUGUUGGCCCUACAUCUUGGGAGUAGCUGGAAUUUUUAUGAUGGUUACCAUGGGGGCGGUGCUGGUGACUGAAGGAUGUAGGAAGAUAAAGCUUCAGUACUAUGGAUUUAAAUUGGCUUCUGGGGCAAGGAAUGAAAAUUCUCCUGCUACAGAGGUUGAGCCAUACAUCCCCUUCAAUAUAAACCCAACAGGGAUGCAGCCUUUGCUUACAACCUCGUACCUACUUGCUUUUCCAAGCAUUAUGGCCAGCAUUUUUGGUUCGCCAUUUUGGGGAAACUUGAAGGAAAUUUUGAAUCCAAGGACUUCAGUUGGAGGUAGUCCUUGGGUUUAUUAUUUGACCUAUGCAUUUUUGGUAUUCGUCUUCAACAUUUUUGACAUUGCCAACUUACCAAAAGAGAUAUCUGACUACUUGAAUAAGAUGAGUGCCAGAGUACCAAAGAUAAAGCCUGGAAGAGCAACAGUAGAUUAUCUUACAAAGAUACAAACAUCGACACGUUUUUGGGGAGGUCUACUGCUGAGCUUGCUGGCAACUUCCUCGUUGUUACUUGACAGAUAUCUCAGACAAGUAAAUGAGGGGUUUUCUAUAGGUUUCACAUCGGUCUUGAUUAUUGUGGGCUCAAUUAUUGAACUGAGAAGGUCCUAUCAAGCAUAUAAUGUGAUGCCAGCACUAAGCAAAGUUUUGAAGAGAUAUGGUGCUUAAGGUUAUGUAAGCACAUAUGGUGGUCAUCAUGGUGCGAUCCAGGAGCUCGUAGUACCUCACAAGCUGCUGUGGGGCUUGGAUUGGAAUGACUGGGAAUUGGUUAUGGAUCGGUCUUUCAAGGACAUAACUUAAGACGAAGGGUCAAUGAAGGUAUCCAACUAUUCUUAGUACAGCGAGGAUGAAGGAGCUGAGCCGUUGUGCUUUUGGUUGAUAGCUUGACAUACCGGGGACAAAAAUAAUUGGAUGCAAGGUUUAUCCUGUUGUAUAGGUUGGCGAUAAUCAAAUUGAUAGACUGCUAACUGGAAGUUAGAUUUAUACUGACUGGUUUUUUGAAGGCUAGAUGCCUAGAUGCGGAGGCGCAUUGGACGAUCUCUGAAAGCCCGACAAAGAUCGGAUAGAUUUGUAUUACAGAGUAUAUUUUUGUAUGAGGACAAAUUAGUUAAAUUUGCAGUUCAUUAUUCAA